AUGCGUCUCUCACUCGUUCCUGCGCUAUUCGGCGUCCUCGCCGAUGCUGUGCCUACCGAGGAGCAGGCGGCAUCGCACCGCGAGGAUAAGCGCCAGCUCGGCUCCCUCCUGGGCAUCUUCAACCGCGAUGCGACCUUCGACUACGUCAUCAUCGGCGGCGGCACGGCAGGCCUGACGCUGGCGAACCGUCUCAGCGCCAACCGCGACAUGACCGUGGCCGUCGUCGAGGCCGGCUCGUUCUACCAGAUCACCAACCCGGCGCUCGGCCAGACGCCGGCCGGCGACACCCUCUUCGCGGGGUCGAGCCCGUCGGACACGAACCCGCUCGUCGACUGGAACUUUGUCACGGAGCCGCAGGCCGGGGCCGGCAACCGCACGAUCCACUACGCGCGCGGCAAGUGUCUCGGCGGCAGCUCGGCGCGCAACUUCAUGGUCUACCAGCGCGGCACCAAGCAGUCGUACCAGAAGUGGGCCGACGCCGUGGGCGACGAGAGCUACGCGUGGGACGCGCUGCAGCCGCACUUUCGGCGGUCGGCGCGGCUGACGGCGCCGGCGGGGUCGCGCUUCGCCAACGCGUCGGCCGCGUACGACGCCGCCGCCUUCUCGCCGGCCGGCGGGCCGUUGCAGGUGUCGUACGCCAACUACGCGCAGCCCUUUAGCACGUGGCUCGAGCCGGCGCUCAACGAGCUGGGCGUCGCCGAGGCUGACGACUUCAACUCGGGCGCGCUCCUGGGCGCGCAGUACUGCGCCAGCACCAUCGACCCCAGGACGCAGACGCGCGACUCGUCGCAGACGUCGUUCCUGCGCGACGCCCAGGGCCGGUCGAACCUUAAGGUCUACACGGCGACGCUGGCGCGCAGGAUUGUCUUUGACGGCGCUAAGCGCGCCACGGGCGUCGUCGUCUCGUCGGCCCUCGCCCUUGGCCAGUACACGCUGAGGGCGCGCAGGGAGGUCCUCCUGUCGGCGGGCGCCUUCCAGUCGCCGCAGCUGCUCAUGGUCUCGGGCGUGGGCCCGCGCGCGCAGCUAUCCAAGUUGGGCAUCCCCGUCGUCGCCGACCGGCCGGGCGUCGGGCAGACGAUGGAGGACCACGUCUUCUUCGGGCCGACGCACCGCGUCAACGUGCAGACGCUGACGCGGCUCGCCAACGACCUACUCUACACGGGCGCGCAGUUCCUCGGCCCGUACGCGCUGCAGAAGCAGGGCCCGCUGACGAACCCCGUCUGCGACUACCUCGGCUGGGAGAAGAUCCCGCGCGCCCUGCUGCCGGCGUCGGCGGCGUCGACGCUCGACGCCGCGUUCCCGCCCGACUGGCCCGAGCUGGAGUAUAUCUCGGCGCCGGGCUACGUCGGCGCCUUCACGAACCUGCUGACGACCCAGCCGCGCGACGGCUACCAGUACGCCACCAUCCUCGGCGCCCUCGUCGCGCCGCUGUCGCGCGGCACCGUCACGCUGCGGUCCGCCGACACCAGGGACCUGCCGCUCAUCAACCCUAACUGGCUGACGGAUCCGACCGACGUCGCGGUCGCCGUUGCCACGUACAAGCGCCUGCGCGCGGCGUUUGCGACCGACGCCAUGAAGGGCGUGCUCGUCGGCGGCGGCGAGUACUUCCCCGGGGCCGCCGUCCAGACGGAUGCCCAGAUUCUCAACACCAUUCGCGAGACUGUCAUGACUGUCUGGCACGCGGCCUGUACCUGUCGCAUGGGCAAGAGGGAUGACCCCAUGGCCGUUGUCGACAGCGAUGCCAAGGUCAUCGGCGUGCAGGGCCUGCGGGUCGUCGACGCGAGCAGCUUUGCUUUGCUGCCACCCGGCCACCCACAGAGCACCGUCUACGUGCUGGCCGAGAAGAUUGCCGCCGAGAUUCUGGAGGCGCUAUGA